CCUAGAUUUCACAAUAUCGCUAUUUUCAUAUUUUUUCUAGAGUUAUCCACACUUUGAAAAAAUGUCAUUUACUCUAGAGAUAUAUUUUACAAAAUGUUAAAGCUUCUAGAAUUUCAGUCACCUUGACACACACUUUUUUGAGUUUUCUUGAGGAAAGUUUAUUUUUGGAUUGUAUCGAUGAGUACACCAUGUCAACGUUCAUCUACGUCUUCAACCAACUCUUCAUCAAGUCUACCAGAAAGUAAUUCAACUAAAUGUCCAAUUGUAUCAAGUGAAAUAAUACCUGAUGAUAAAAGAUUAGAUGUUUGGAUGGCAUGUUUAAAUAUUCCAUGUGACAAUAAUAAGCCUCUUGAACGUCUAGAUUCUGAAGAAAUGGAUACGGUGCCCAAUUUAGGAGAAAUUGUAGAUUUUGCUACUGGGGUUGCUGAUCGAAUUGAACUCGCUGAACAUAUGAAAGCAUCAAUGAGAUUCGAAAUCAUUAGGAUUAUAAGCUACCACUGUGGAGAAACACAACAAAAAUUUAAUCCAAUAGAUGGUUGGCAUGAUUUAUUAGAACCAAUUAUUUACCUAGCAGGUUCAGAAGUUUUAAAAUAUAAAAUAUUCAAAGCUAUAUUAAAACGUUAUAUUCCACAACAUGAUUACUAUGAAUCAAUAAUAAGAUUUCUAGUGAUUUAUCAUGAUCCACAAUUACAUACGUUUUUGAAAUCAAAAGAAAUGACACUCCGAAAUUAUCCUUUUAUUUGGAUUAAUAGACUUUUUGCUGGCCUUGUAUCACCACCAGUGAUAUUCACCAUGUGGGAUCGUUAUUUUAUUGAAAAAAAUCGAUUUUUAAUUUUUUUCUUAUCAGCAGCAUUAAUGAUAACUUUUCGUGAUGACAUCAUGAGUUACAAGAAUGAAGAUAAAGAUACUUUAAUAUUCGCACUAUGGGCACUUCCAACUAAUAUAAAUGCUGAAAAUCUUUCUGAUUUUUUUGCUUUAGCUGACCGUUUAAAAAAUACUACUCCCCCUUCUUUUAUUAACAGAUUGUGUCCAGUGAUAUUUGAUGAUAAAAAAGAUGAAAAUUCAUUAUUCGAUACUAUAUGUUGGUCUGUAACUGUUGAAGAAUUAGUAAAAUCUAUGGAAAAAACUUCCAUAUUAUCAGCUGUAUCAAAAAAUAUCCGGUUUUUCAUUAUUGAUUGUAGAUCUCAAGAAGAAUUUGAUGCUGGACAUUUACCCACAGCAUAUUUUCUAGAUUAUAACUUGAGAAUUACUAACCCCAUAAAGUUUUCUGAUAAUAUUGAAAAAUUACGUGAUUUACAAACAAGUUUAUUGAAAAAUGAUAUAAAAGCAAGACACUUUUGUUUUAUAGAUAGUGGUCGUGAAGAACAUAAGAAUUAUACAGAUAUGGUGAUCAGAUCAUGCCAACGAAGAGACAUUAAAUAUAUAAAUUUACUCGUGGGUGGAUAUAAAGCAUUGCACGAAUAUGUUGGAAAUGAUGUUGAUAAUUUUUUUGCUAGCCAUAAUGCUCAACGAUGUGCAGUUUGUAAAGAGAAUGCUCCUCCUGUAACGAUGAAUAGAUUAGAAAGAUUGAAGAGUCAAGGAGAAGAAUUUGUUAAUCGUUUAAGAACUUCAAAAAGUACGUAUAGUGUGGAAGAAGAGACUCCUGGUCCUUCAAGGAUGGCUAGAAGUAAAUCUAUGUAUGAAAAUCCACAUACAUCUAUUUCGAAAUGGUUGGAAGAUCCCAAUUUAGUUACGUAUUUUGAGUGUAAAGAAUUAGAUAAUUCUAAUAAGCAUCAUGAUUGUGACCUAGUAAUUACGAAAGAUCAUUUAAUUGCUUUACGAAAAAUGCGUAAUCGAGAAGAUGCAGCCGAAAUAUCAGUCAGACGACCCUUGACAAGCAUUAUAAGCAUAAAGGCAAAAAAAAAGAAUAAAAAUGUCAUUGUAAUUAAAUAUGAUGAAGCAUCAAAAGCAGAUGACUUUGUUGUAAAUAAUGCAAGUGAAUUUUUAUUUUCUGAUUCAGCAAAAGCAAUGCGGUUCUUUUCUGGAGAAUAUUUCAGAACACUUUUAAUACCGUAUUCCACUGAAAGAUUUUUUAACCAAAAUAACUAAUAAGAUUAUGAAUCUUUGAAAAAUUAA